UUGCUUUGUUAGAAGAAUGAAUGUGCCUGGCAGCAGAUAUUUGCUGCCGGCUGAACCGAAUUAUGAUCAGCAGCAGCUGUUGAAGCCGUUGGAUCCUUUUUCAACGGUGCUGAAUGCUGCAGCUGCUUCAGAUUUUCAUUGCAGUAAGGAAUUUAAUAAUUCAAAUUUAGCUGGUAUUGUUGCUGCUGGGAGAAAUCAUAAUGAGAAAGUUGAUAGCCACCUUCUCAUGCAGGCCUUGCAGCUGAAUGCAAUUCUUGAACAGCAGUGGAAACAACAGCUCUCAUCCCUAACAAUGACCUUAAAAGCGAAGUUCAUCAAUUUACUGAUGCAGAAAGAGAAGCACUUGGCGGAAGAGAAAAAGAAAGCCAUGAAGCUGAUAGCACUCCUAAACGAAGCUUUAUUAGAAAAAGAAAAAUGGGAGAAGACUGCAAGGAAGUUGAACAGCAUGGCUUCAGCUCUCAGCCAAACGUUAGAACAAGUUCAGCAACCUUGUCUUUCAUCUACCGGAGAACUGAAGAAAGAAGAAGAUGAAGAUGAAGAUGAACCCUCAGCGAAGAGAAAGAAAGGAAAUAUUAGCCAUGACUCAUCUUCUCUUUGCCAGAGUUGUAGAUGGAGAUCUGCCAGUGUGCUUGUAUUGCCUUGCCGCCAUCUCUCUUUGUGCAAGCAGUGUGAAGUUUUGCAUUGUAGGUGUCCGGUAUGUAAAUGUAUUAAGAAAGGGGCGAUGGAGGUCCUUGUCUCUUGAAUUGUGG